CCCAAGGCGAAAUCUAAAGCAGACCCGCCAGAAAGAAGCAAGCGCUAAAACUACCCCCAUGACUUCCGGUAUACGCUCCCUAAAAAAAAGGUAUAAAUAUGAAAAGGAUCAGCUAAUUGUAAAACAGUAAAAAAAAUAAGUAAAAAAAAAGUUAGCUCAAUUAAAAUACACACAGAACAGAACAAAAGCCGGAAAGUAUAUAUUAAAAAAAAACCACAAUAAACCUCAAACUCAUGAAUAGACACAGCAACAAAAAAAAUAGGAUUAUUAACAUAAAAUGAUUAUAAAAAGCAAAACAGAAUAAAAUUUAAAAAAAACUACAAAAUUUAAGGCCGCACAGGAAAUACGUAAGAUGACAAAAGGGAAGUAACCACCCAGAAUCCCCUGGGAAAAGAAAGAAAUGACGCAGUUAAAAAGAAAGUUUAGCAGCCAUAUUAAGAAAUCGAAAGUAAACUUUUCUGCCCAAAUAGGGCACAGAAAAGUUAAAACCAACCAAUUCACAGCCUCCGAUCAACGGAGAAAAUUAAAAAAAGGCAAUUAAGAUGUUGAAGAUGAAAGUUGAUCCAGAUAACUCUGGGCAUCCGAUGGAGAAUCAAAAAAACGAAGGGCUCCAUCUGACAUGCGAAUCCUUAGACGUGCAGGGUACAGCAGCGCUGGUCUUAAAUCCAUCUUAUAGAAUUCCGACAUCACGGAUCUGUAACGGACCCGUUGGUCCCAGAUUGGUUUACUGAAAUCUUCCACGAAUCGGAACUUAAGAUCCGAAAAAUCAAUGAAACCUUUAGAUCGAGCGAAUCGAAACAGUCUCUCCUUGUCUUGAAAGUAAUGAAAACAGAGCAGUCCUGUUGUCUGAAAUGUGAAAGCAAUGCAGCCAGCGGUCUGAGAAAGUGAAGCAACAAUGUGAAGAGGAACCUGCGUUCGACAAGGCGGACGACAAAACUCGAACGGAAGUGAACGCCAGCCGGUGGGUGGAAGUGACGCGAUUGCGGCCGUGGUGUUCGGUGGAGUCGGUGAGAGCCGAUGAAGAAAGAUGAACAAUUCAUUGAACCCAAAGUCCUACAUUCGCUCCUUGAACCAUAGGCUCAUCAGAGAACUAUCAGACUUAUUGGAUCCACAAGAUGGGUGGAAGAAAUUGGCAGUGAACAUCAGAAAACCUAGUGGAGAGCCAAGAUACAGCCAGUUACAUAUAAGGAGAUUGGAAGGAGUGAUUAAAACGGGAAAGAGCCCUACCACAGAACUCUUGUUUGACUGGGGAACAACCAACACCACAGUCCUUGAGCUUGUAGAGAUACUGGUUCAAAAUAAUCUCCUUGCUGCUGCUAACUUGUUGCUUCCAGAAGAAGUAUCUAAGGCAAUACCAUCUUGUUCACCAACGGAAAUAACUGCUACGUCUAACUCUAAUACUACAUGUAAAUCAAUGAUACAAGUUUCUCAUUCUGAAGCAACUUACCAUGAUACAAACUGCACCACGCAAGAAACUGCCUUAGUGGCUAACAGUUCAAUUCAGCAAAGCCUUGCUUCUGAUACUAUAGAAACUAAUCUUCAAAGUUUCAGCUAUUAUGAAUUAAUGCAGCGGACUAGUAACUUUGAUGAGCGUCCAGUUUCAUGCGGUGGCAGUAAGAUCGGUGAGGGAGGGUUUGGAAUUGUUUACAGGGGUCUCAUAAACAACAGGAUGGUGGCGGUGAAAAAAUUGGCAGGACCAUCUCAUCACCAUAACAUCAGUCCUGAAGAGCUAAGGCAUCAGUUCCUUCAAGAAGUUAAAACAUUAGCAAGAUGUCAACAUGAAAACUUGGUCGAGUUACUUGGUUUUUCCAAUGAUUGGGAACAUCCCUGCCUGGUAUAUGCCUACAUGCCCAAUGGGUCAUUGCUGGACAGAUUAGCAUGCUUGGGAAAGACACCUCCAAUUACAUGGCACAGAAGGUGCAGCAUUGCUUUAGGCACAGCCAAUGGGUUAAAAUACUUGCAUGAAAAUAAUCAUAUACACCGUGAUGUAAAGAGUGCAAAUAUCUUGUUGGAUGCUUUGUUUGUUCCUAAAAUUUCAGACUUUGGGCUUGCUCGGGCUGCAUCACAAUUAACACAGACCGUGAUGACUGAUAAGGUUGUAGGCACAACAGCAUAUAUGGCUCCAGAGGCUUUACGUGGGGAGAUUACACCAAAAUCAGAUCUUUUUAGCUUUGGAGUGGUCUUACUGGAAAUAAUAACAGGACUUAAAGCAGUCGAUGAGCAUCGUGAACCACAACUGUUGCUUGAUAUCAAGGAAGAAAUAGAUGAAGAAGAAAAGACAGUUGAAGAUUAUGUUGACAAAAAAAUGCAUGACUGGAACUCUGUAUCAAUUAAGAAAAUGUAUUUAACAGCAAGGCAGUGCUUAAAUGAAAAAAAGAACAAGAGACCGGAUAUUACAGAGGUAUAUAAUUCAUUGAAAGAGACUUCAGUUACUUCACAAUGAGCUGGAAUUGUCUUCCUGGUUACAAGAGAAGUAUUAUUUGGGACACAGUGUAAACUUUGCAAUUUGAUAUAUCCAGAGUAUCCUUGAAUAAACCUUUUAUUUCUUAUGUGUCUGCAUAUUGUAUAUACUGUAUAUUCAGAAUAAUAAUUCUCAUGUACACUAUCUAUAUUACUAGAAAUGGUGCUGUUUAUCAAUUUUAGUUAUUAACAAAGGAGGAUAAACUAUACAAUGCAUUCUCUUCACCCCAGUUUCAUUUUUCUAUACUGAUCCUGUUGCCAAAGAAAUAUAUGUUAUUUCUUGUAAAAAAUGGAUUGUUU